AUGAACUACAAUUACAAUUACGAUUCAGCCUUUGGUGAUGAUGCAGCUGAAGCUACUGCACAAGCUGCUGUUUUCGUUGCUGGUCAACAACAUGAACAGUUACAAAUCCAGCAUCGUGCGCAAGCACUUGCUCAACAACAACAACGACAACAACACCACCAUCGCACUUCUCGUAAUCAACAAUCAAGUGGUGCUGUUGCUAAUCCCAAUGAUCAGUUUCAAUUCCAACAACAAAUUCCUCCUCCACCACCUCAAUUCAAUCAUCAAUAUGCUAAACCACAAGCCAGUAUCUUUGUCACACUGGACAACAAGCCAAUUCCAUUUUUCAUUCCAUUUGAUGAACCAGAUAGAACUAAAUAUCGACGCAUGAUUAUUCAAAAUGGUGGAUACUUGGCAGAAGGUGGAGUUGAAAAUAUGAUUUAUGUCACUAGUAAAGAACAUCUUGGUGGGUUUGUUCGAAUUAACUAUAUCGAUGAUUGUAUUGGUAUGGGACAAUUGUUGCCACCUGGAGAUUAUACUAUUUCAGGGUCACUGAUUGCUGAGGAGAAUGAGCCAAUUAUUGAUAUGUUGGGGUUGGAACAACAUGGACAACAACAGCAGCAGCAGCAGGAGCAACAAUUGCAACAACAACAACAAUUUCAACAACAGCAACAGCAGCAAAGAAAGGCGAAUGAGUUUGUCACUUCUAUUGGUAAAAAUGCGCCAGCUGCUCAGGGGUCAUCAGACGGACCAACAGCAAGACGUAUACUGGGAAGACAUGCAUCAACUUCCAAUCGGUUCACUGAUGAAAAAGAUGAAUAUAUAUUGGACCAAGUUCGUAAAAAUCCGCGAUUACGUCAUUCGCAUGCAUUUUAUCGUCAAUUGGCAACUCAUGAAAUGUUGAAAAUGCACACUGGUAACUCGAUUAGAGCACGUUAUCGUCGUCAUUUAGCUCCGCGAUUAGAUUUCGUGUAUAAGACCAAUGAUCAGGGAAAAUUACUCAAGGAUCGUCUGGGAAACUUCAUCCCUAUCCCCUUAGAUGAAAUACUGUCAGAAACAAUCAAGACCAAAUUCACAGCAAUGGACGACUACGUCCUUUGUACAUCUGCCGUGACAUAUAUUAAACAACAAUCAAUCUUACAAGGUUUCGAUUACGAUGCCACUGAUUCCACUCGCAAAACCAAUUUACCUUACCUGUUUUUCAAUUCCUUAUACCAUAAACGUCCAAAUCACACUUUACAUUCAUGGAGAGAUCGUUGCCGUAGAUAUAUUGGUAAUGAUUUGGAUUGUGUUGAGUACAAGCAAUAUUACGAAUCCUGUGUGGCUAAUAAUGAUGUGCCUCAUGUUUUGAGUAAAGUGCCUCAACAUGUUAUUAGUUUUCAUAAGGAUAUUGCUGCUUUGAAGAAAGAUAAACAAGCUCAAAAUCAAAGGAACAAGGAGAAUGAGGAGAAUAAGGAGGAAGAGGAGGAUGAGAUUGAUGAAGUUGUCGAUGAUGAUGUAGCAUUUGUUGAGGAUGCUGAAGCACUUGCUAAUGAGGCUGUCGCUGCUGCUGAAGCGCGUGAUCAAGAACUUCAACGUCAACGAAAGCAACAAGAGGAAAAUGAGAAGGAGAAGGAGAAGAAAAAGGACCAAGAAGAGGAAUCUGCACUUGAUGAAGAAAUUGGUGAAUUGAAGAGUUCAAAUAUUGGUGAUGCAAUAGAUCAAAAGAGUUCAAACCAAAAGAGCAAUAGUGAUGAAGGUCAAAAUGACGGUGCUGAUAUGGGUAUUGAUGAUGUACUUAAUGACCAUAUUGAAGUGCCCAAAUUGAGUAAUAUUGGUACUCUUGAUGAAGACGAGGAGGAAGAAGAUUAUGAAGGAGAAGAUGAUGAGGAAGAACUCGUUGAAAAUGCACAGAAGCAAGAUGGUGAAGAUUCCGAUAAUGAUGUAUUCUUUUCUGCUCCAACUAGAUCUGAAACGUUGGGCUCACAUAGAAUCGAAUCACAAUUAGGUUCCCAAUUGGGUUCUCAAACUCAACAAGAGCCAAAUGAUACAUCAAGUGAACAAGAAGAUGAUUACUCAGAUAUCAGUCUUGCUUACCUUGAUAAAUUCACCCCUUUGAUUAAUUGCAUUGAUCCACCUCAAUUUCUCAAACUGCUCAAACAAAGUAAAGCACGAGUGAUUUUACUUACUGAACUUCUCAAUGAAGACCCCAAAGAAGAAACUCAAAAGAGUAGCAGUAGUUUGGCAGAAGAUGAUGAUGACUCGCUAAAAGAAAUAUAUUCUAAAUUGACAUCACUUGGAUUCAAAGCUCCCUUUAUAGGCCAUAUCAUCUAUGCUUGUUCAAAUGAGACUUUAGUUAUGAUUAACUAUAUGACUCAAUUUAUUGAUUCAUUAUUUCAAGCAAUUUCUGAAUCCGAAAAGAAAUCUAGCAAGAAGAACAAGAAAAAGAAAAGUAGAGGUAAACAAGUUGACGAUUUUGGUGAAAGUUUCAAUUGGGAGACAGAAUUGAUUGAUUCUUAUUUACCUUUCAAAAAGGCACCCGUGGGAUCCUGGAAUCAGGCAUUUGAUGCCGUAUUGGGAACUGAUCAGGAGUCAAAGUUGUAUAAGUUCAAGAGUGGACAUGAGAUUGAACAACGUAAGAAGUUUAUUGCUUCUUGUUUGGAUGAAGGUGAUGAUGAUGAUGAUGUUGAGGACGAAGAGGACGAAGAAGAAGAAGAAGAAGAAGACGAAGAAGAAGAAGAGGAGGAGGAGGAGGAGGAGGAGGAGGAGGAGGAGGAUGAAGAGUAG